UUAACGGAAGAAUUAAAGAACCCCACACGUGAUUUCCCAAUCGCUGCAUCCCUCUCCUUGUCGUUGGUUACGAUCAUAUAUGUAAUGGCAAACGUGGCAUAUUUUGCCGCUAUGUCACCUGCAGAAAUGAUGGCAUCACCCGCCGUUGCAAUAACAUUUGGUGAUAAAGUACUGGGUAACUUUGCUUGGCUGAUGCCACUUGCCGUGGUCAUAUCUACUUUCGGUGCUACUAACGGUAACGUACUGGCUCUUUCAAGGUUGAUAUUUGUUGGUGCAAGAGACGGAUUGUUACCCGACCUCUUUGGCAUGGUCCACAUCAAAUUCCUAACACCAAUGCCGGCCCUUCUAGCUAUGGGGUUCUUUACCGUGAUAUACGGUCUCUAUGACGACGUGGGCAGUCUUAUUAAUUACACUGGGUUUUCGUACUGGUUAUUUGUGGGAAUUGUCGCCACUGGUCUUCUGUGGAUGCGGCACACACGACCUGAUAUGCCGAGACCGUUUAAAGUACCAGUUAUUAUCCCCAUAAUCUUCUCUCUAUUCUGUUACGCGUUGGUGAUUCUCUCAAUCUUCGCGUCACCAUUUGAGGCUUUAAUUGGAACUAUUAUCAUACUGACGGGCAUCCCGUUAUAUAUUUAUGGAGUCGUUUGGAAGAAUAAACCACAAUGGCUUAAAGAUAUUCUAGACUCUGGACUUCUAUUUUUCCAGAAGUUAAUGCAAGUUAUUUCACAAGAAAUUGACACCCAAAUGUUCUAAAUGGUGUUCUCGCAGACGUCACGUCUCUAUGACAACAUAGCCGAAUAUGUGAAGGACAUCAGUAUAGCACUCAAUCCGUCUUACUGGGCAG